AUGAAUUAAGCGGUGUUGAAUUCUUACAUCUUCGUAUGGCUGCUGAUAAAUUUCUUCCUGGAAAAGUCAUUGAUAAUUUGCAAUUAUUUAUGGAACAAAAGCUAGAGGAGUUUGUACAGCAUGAUGCUGUUGGCAUGCUUCAGGAAGUCUUUAAACAUAACAAUAGUAUAUAUAAUCCAUUACGUGAUUCCUGUCUUCGUCUCAUUUGUAGACAUCCGAACGCAUUAUUUGAUCACCCAAAUUUUACUCAAUUGGACGAAGCCCUUUUAUUAAUCGUUUUGCAAUUGGAUGAUCUUGGUAAAUUAAGUGAAAUUACUAUUUUAACUUAUUUAGUCAAAUGGGGGAUUGCUCGAAUAUUAAAUGCUACAACUAAAGAUAUAACAAAAUUGCAAAAAUCUGAUUAUAUUGAGUUGCAAAAAAUUAUCGUGGAUUGUAUUCCUCUUAUUCGGUGGUUCCAAAUUCCAAUAACUGAAUUUCGGCAAAAUAUAUCGUGGAUCGAAAAAUUAUUAUCUUCAAAUCUAUAUUUAGAUAUCGUAAAUUAUCAUUUUGACGAUACCAUUACACCCGAAACUGUUAAAAUUUUGCCACCAAGAAAUCUACCACCUAAAGAUUCUCAAGAAAUUCCUAAAAAGUCUCUUAAGAAAAAGGUUUCUUUUUAUGAGGAUCUUGCUCAUGAUAAUGAAAGAUUACUUCAAAGCGGAAAAGGUUAUGAUGUUAUUAUUCACGCUGGUGAUGGAGAUAAUUCCAAAGAAUUUCAUGCUCAUUCUCUUAUAUUAAGUUUGCAUUCCCCUUAUUUUGAAGCUGCUUUUUCUAACGAAAAUACCAUGAAACAAGGAAAUAUUUUUGUUUUUACAAAACAUGUUCCUGCAAUUGUAUUUGAAAUGAUUUUAAGAUAUUUAUAUACAUCAGAAGUUUCUCCUGACAAAUUAAAUGGUGUUGAAAUCUUACAACUUUUGGUAACAGCUGAUGAGUUACAACUUCAAAAUCUUGUUGAAAAUUUUCAAUCUUUUAUGAAUCAGAAACUUGAAGAAAUUAUGCGUGAUGACAUUAUUUCCAUUUUCGAUAUGAUCUUUAAAUAUAAUAACAGGAUAUAUGAAUCACUGCGUGAUCAAUGUCUUCAUUAUAUUUGUAUGAAUCCAAAAUUAUUAUUUGAUGAUCCAAAAUUUAUUCAUUUAGAUAAAUCUUUAUUAAAACUUACGUUACAACGGGAUGAUCUUGGCAACAUAAGUGAAGAUGAUAUUUGGAAUUAUUUAGUCAAAUGGGGAAUUGCUCAAACACCUGACAUUAUUCAAAGUAAAAACGUUAAUGAUUGGAAGGAAACUGAUUAUGUUACUUUUAAAGUGACCAUUCAUGAAUUUAUUCCCUUAAUUCAUUGGUUUCAAAUCUCAUCUACAACAUUUAAACAUGAUUUAUUAUUCUUUGAAAAGAUUUUAACUAAUGAAUUAUAUAAUGAUAUAUUACAAUACCAUCUUAAUUCUAUCAUACCAAACAGAACAUUUAGAACAUUACCACCUAGAUAUUCUCCUUCCAAUCAUAUAGCUUUUGUUAGAUCGCAACAUUUUAAUAUUAUUUCAAAUUGGAUUAGUGUGUGUACUGUUGAAAAAACUCCUGAGACUAAACGAAAAAGGCAAUCAUUCAUGGAAAAAAUAUUACACUUUCAUGAUAAGUCAAGUGUUAAACCCGAAGAAUCUAAACGGGAAAGCACUAUUCCUCAAAAUUACUUGAACUUUGCCGAUUAUAGAUUUGCUAAUUAUAUUACUAUGGCUCAUUACGCAAAAGCGGAUAAAAAUUUUUUAUUUUUUUUCGAAAGUGCUGAUGAUUUAAGUCGUUCUAAUUUUGCACGUGUUAAAAAAGACUCUUACGCGGUUGAAUAUAGUUCUUUAAAUGGUCCUAUUUUUGGUCAUUCUGAUUACAAAGAAGGUUAUGAUAUGUGUAUAUAUAAUAACUUAUUAUCUUUUGGGAGACGUAAUUGUUAUCCAGAUUCAAAAAAUUUUCCAAAGGUACCAAAAUUUGAAAUAGAAGAUUAUGAA